CAUCAAUUAAAGAGAAAUUAUAGUUUCUUAUAUAUAUACAAUAAAAAAUGGAUGAUGAUGAUAUGUUUUCAGUUUUCGAUACCAAAAAACAACCCAAUAAAAAUAAAAGAACACGUGAAGUCAAAGAGGAGUCCGAUGAAAAAGAAAAUGGCAAAUGGAUAAAACCAGAAGAGGAAAAUAAAAAUAUAGCUAAUACUACAACAGCCGCAACAGAAGCAACAAACAAUAAUUAUAUACAAACAAACACAAAUAUUAAACCAUUAGGAUUAAAUCAGAAUAAAAAUAAUGAAAAUGUAAAUGAUAGUUUAAAUGCAUUUAAAAAUUCAGUUGGUGUUAAUCAAUUUGAAUUAGAUGAAGAGAUUCAAAAGAAUAAAAAACAAAAAGGCGGCAACCAACCAGCUAUAGCAGAUAUCAGUUUUGAUUCAAAGACUAAAGAUUCAACUAUAGAGUUACUUAGAGAGAACGUUAAACAAAAAGAAAAAGAAGAAAGUGAAAAAAUCGAAGAGGAAGAAAAAAAUCAAGUAAUUCCACAAAAUAGAACAGCAACUGGAGGUUAUAUUACAGCAGCAGGCACAUCUAAAUCAUGCAUUCACGAAGUUUUAUUACCACCAGGUGUCACCAAUGACGAACCAGAAUUAUAUAACCCACCAGAACCAAAAAAUCCAGCACGUCAAUAUCCAUUCAAAUUAGAUCCUUUCCAAGCAACCUCAGUUGCAUGUAUAGAGCGUAACGAAUCAGUUUUAGUUUCUGCCCAUACAUCUGCCGGUAAAACAGUAGUUGCCGAAUAUGCUAUUGCUACAGCACUUCGUGGAGGUCAACGUUGUAUUUAUACCUCACCAAUUAAAGCACUCAGUAAUCAAAAGUAUCGUGAUCUUCAAGAAACAUUCAAUGAUGUAGGUUUAAUGACUGGUGAUAUUACAAUUAAUCCAAAUGCUUCAUGUUUAGUUAUGACCACUGAAAUUCUUCGUAGUAUGCUCUAUCGUGGUUCAGAGACCAUGAGAGAAGUUUCUUGGGUCAUUUUCGAUGAAAUUCACUAUCUCCGUGAUAAAGAAAGAGGUGUAGUUUGGGAAGAAACUAUUAUUUUAUUACCAGACAGUAUCAAAUUUGUUUUUCUUUCAGCUACAAUUCCAAAUGCAAGAGAAUUCGCCGCUUGGAUUGCUAAGAUCCACAAGCAACCAUGUCAUGUUGUUUACACAGAAUAUCGUCCAAUUCCACUUCAACAUUAUAUUUUCCCAUCAGGUGGUGAUGGUCUUCAUUUGGUAGUAGAUGAAAAUGGUGUAUUUAGAGAAGAGAACUUUUUAAAAUCAUUGUCAAAUCUCCAACAAACUGAAGACACUGGUAGAGGUGGUCGUGGUAAAAGACAAAAUAGAGGUCCAUCAGAUUGUUAUAAAAUCGUUAAAAUGAUUAUGGAAAGAAAUUAUCAACCAGUUAUUGUUUUUAGUUUUAGUAAAAAAGAAUGUGAACUUUACGCUCUUCAAAUGUCAAAGUUAGAUUUCAACAAUGAAGAAGAAAAGAAUGCAGUCGAAACAAUUUUCAAUAAUGCCAUCGAUUCAUUAUCAGAGGAAGAUAAAAAAUUACCAGCUGUAAUUAAUAUUUUACCAUUAUUAAAGCGUGGUAUCGGUAUUCAUCAUGCUGGUUUAUUACCAAUUCUCAAGGAAAUCAUUGAAAUUCUCUUCCAAUAUGGUUAUAUCAAGGCUUUAUUUGCAACCGAAACUUUUUCAAUUGGUCUUAAUAUGCCAGCAAAAACUGUAAUUUUCACUUCAGUCAGAAAGUUUGAUGGUGAGGGUACUAGAUGGGUCACUGGUGGUGAAUACAUUCAAAUGAGUGGUAGAGCAGGUCGUAGAGGUCUUGAUGAAAGAGGUAUCGUUAUUUUAAUGGUAGAUGAAAAAAUGGAGCCAGCUGUUGCUAAAGGUAUGGUAAAAGGUCAAGCUGAUCGUUUAACAUCAAGUUUUUGGAUUGGUUAUAGUAUGCUUUUAAAUAUGAUUAGAGUCGAAGAUAUCGAUCCAGAGCAUUUACUCAAACGUUCAUUCCAUCAAUACCAACAAGAAGGUUUUAUUCCACAAUUGGUUGCAAAAUGUGAUGAUUUAGAAACUCAAAAGAAAGAAUUAACAAUUCGUGACGAAAGUGUUGUUGUAGAAUAUGCCUCAAUUAAAGGACAAUUACAAAAACUUAGCGAAGCCAUGCGUGAUUUCACAAAUCAAGCAACUUAUGUUUUACCAUUCCUUAAUGCUGGUAGAUUGGUUCGUAUUAGAGAUGGUAGUGUAGAAUGGGGUUAUGGUAUCAUUUUAAAUUAUUCAAAGCGUUCAAUCAAAUCACAUGGUAUUUCAGAUAAAUCAUUUGAAGUUAUUGCUGAUGUUUUAUUAAAUUGUCAAAAAGUUACUUCAGAUUCAUCAAGCGCACCAAAACCAUGCCCACCAGGUGAAAUUGGUGAACCACAAGUUAUUCCAGUUUCAAUUAAAUUAUUUGAUGGUAUCACAUCCAUCUGUUUACAUAUCAAUAAAGAUCAAGAUCCAAACGAAUUUAAACAUCAUCUUUUAAAGAAGCUCAGAGAAACUGAAAAUAGAUUCAAGAAAGAGGGUGGAUUACCAAUGAUUGACCCAAUCGAAGAUAUGAAAAUUAAAGAUCCAAAUUUUAAAAAGUUAAUUAGAAAGAUUGAAACUCUCGAAUCUAGAUUUGCAUCAUCUGCAGGCUUCAAGGAUAGCGAUAUUGAAGAGCGUGCUAAACUUUUAGAACAAAAGAAUGAUAUCGAUAAAGAAAUUAAAUCAUUAAAGAAGCAAAUAAGAGUUGGUGAUGAAGUUAUUCUCAAGGAUGAUUUACGUUCAAUGAAACGUAUUCUCACUCGUUUAGGUUAUAUUACAGAGGAUGGUGUAGUUGCAUUAAAGGGCCGUGUUGCAUGUGAAAUCAGUGCUGGUGACGAAUUGGUAAUUAGUGAACUUUUAUUUAUGGGUCUUUUCAAUGAUUUAACAGUUGAACAAUGUGUUGCUGUUUUCAGUUGCUUUGUUUUCCCAAAUGAAUCAAAUAACGAUCCAAAUAAUCCAAAGAUUAAACCAGAUCUUGUACCAUUAUUCCGUGCUAUCAAAGAUACCGCUUCAAAAAUUGUUACAGUUUCCCAAGAAUGCAAAUUAACCUCUAUGGACGAAAAAACUUAUUUAAAUUCAUUCAAUCCAAACUAUAUGGAUGUUACCUUUUCAUGGGCAAGUGGUGCCACUUUUUCAGAGAUUGUUAAAAUGACCGAAACUUUUGAAGGUAAUCUUAUUAGAGGUAUUCGUCGUUUAGAUGAAUUAAUUAGACAAAUGGUAGUUGCCGCCAAAGCUAUAGGUAAUAACGAAUUAGAGGCCAAAUUCUCUGAAGCAACUAUUAAAAUUAAAAGAGAUAUUCCUUUUGCUGGUUCAUUAUAUUUAUAAAAAAUUAAAAAUAAAUAAAAAAAAUUUUAAAAUU